AAGGCAGCGGGGCGUGAGCGGGGCGGUGCGCGCGGGGUGCGCGGUGUGAGCUGUGCAAUGCCAUGUGCGCUGUGCUGUGCAGUGCAGCACCGUGUGCGCCGUGCUGUGCAAUGCAACACGGUGUGAGCUGUGCAAUGCUGUGCGAUGCAACACGGUGUGUGCUGUGCGGUGUGCACCGUGUGCACGGUGCUGUGCAGUGCAGCACGGUAUGCGCUCUGCUGUGCUGUGCAAUGCAGCAUGGUGUGAGCUGUGCAAUGCUGUGUGCACUGUGCUGUGCAAUGCAGCACAGUGCAUGCUGUGCUGUACUGUGCAAUGCAGCACGGUGUGAGCUGUGCAAUGCAGUGUGCACGGUGCUGUGCAAUGCAGCACCGCGUGUGCUGUGCUGCGCGAUGCAACAUGGUGCUGUGCAAUACAGCGUGGUGCUGUGUAGCGUAGCUCUGUGCAAUGCAACGCAGCACUGUGCAAUGUGGUGCAACGUGGUACUGUGCUGUGCUAUGUGGUGCUGUUUAGUGCAGCUUUUGGUGGUGAUUUGGUGAUUUGUGGCCACCACGUGCUGCUGAAGGUUGGGACACUUCUGCGUGGGAUGGAGGCACUGCAGCAGAGCUGUGACAAAGUUGCCUGGUGCUACCUUGCAAACAGGUCUGUUUUUAUUUUCACCCCAGUGUGCUUUUCCUUGGUCUCAUCUGGCAGACAAUAAGUGUAAGGAGAAGGCACAAAUAGAAAAGGCAGUCCAGGAGGGAUUUCCUAGUGCUGCCCCACGGUGCUGCUGAGAGGUGAACUAAUAAGUAAUUUUGGAGAGCGACUUUAAUUAAGCAUCCCCUGAUUGUUCCUGAAAGCAAGACACCUUCAGGUAGCAACAAAAUCCCGGAUUAUUUUCCCCAUGGGAUGUCAGCUUCCCGGGUGCAGGAUGGGGGAUGCUGGUGGCCCUGCAAACACCUCUGGCCUCCACUAAAGCCACAAUUUAUCUGGGCUUUAGAUUUCCUUGUAUGUGCCCUAAUGAAUGUGUGGUUUGCAGUGGGGUUGCAGCUGUCUGGAAAAGAAAACCUAAAGUGACAUUGUGGGGAUAAACAUCAGCCUUGGAUGCAUCCUGCCUCAUCCUGGGGCUGUUCUCAGCCGGGAAAGUGGGACUCUGCCAACAGCGUCUGCCCUGCCAUGAAAACCAGCUUUUUCUGCAUUUUUUUCAUAUUCGAGACAAGCAAGAUACUAACCUAUUCCAAUUCCAAAGAGUAGCAAGCUUUAAAAAAUUAAUUCCUUAAAUGCAACUGUUUUUCUUUUUAAUGCUGAGCCUCACUGUAGAGUGGGUGCCUGCAGGGGCACGCUCCGUAGCAGGCUCCGCAGCGAAUUGCUAUUUUGUGACUGCAAAACCUCGCCAUGCCCCUGACACAGAGGCUCCUGUGCCCUCCGCACCCAGCUGUGCCCUGGCUUCUUGCUGCCACCACCACCGGGCACUGGUUAGAGCCACUUCAGCUUGGCAUUCAACAGGGACAACAAUUUUUUUUUUUUUUUUUUUGCAUGCAGCAUUAUUUCUGUUAAAAGCAGGUGGGUUUUAUUUUCGGAAGAGAUGUGACCCAACAGCUGCAUUCCUAUUUGCAGUUUUGUUAAUGCCGACGCGAGCUAGCGUGAGGUCAGGCCUCGUCACCCGGAGAUGCAGGAGCCAUCUGUGAUGCCUUUGGACACAAGAGGGAGUCCUGAAUCACCAAAAAGCGAGAUUUUGUUUGGGUGAUUGUGGACUAAAGGCUUUUACCUGCACAGAGAAAACAGGUCAGCACCCAGGGGCCUUUGUAAACCCUCCGUGAGCCCAGGGACAUGGGCUUUGGCCAUCCACCACGGGGAUGGGGCAGUGCCUUGUUUGGGUGCCAAGAGUCAGAGUUUCCCAAAGAACGGUGAAUUAACCCAGAAAGCAAGCACCACUGGACAGCCUGCACCUUUCCCAUUUUGUGCAGUCUCAGCUAAAUGAAGAAAAGCCAGGAAGCCCUCCCAGUUUGCCUCCAUGCUGCUCUUUGGUGCAGCAUCAGGACCACACAUUUCUCCUGGCCAUAGUGCCGAGGCUCGUCCGAGGACAUUGUCCCCAGGGCUUGGGGACAGCCAGCAUAGGGGACAGGCCCCCAGUGCCCCCGGAGAUAUUUCAGGAGGGAAAUAUUGCCUUUCCCACACUGCCCGUUUCGGUUAGGCACCGGGUUGUCUUCCUAACGCAGCUCGCUGGGGGGUAAUAGGCAGCGAUAGGUGGCAGUGACAUGGUGGCACACGUCCCAGGACAGCCAAGCCCCGCAGUAGCUCAGCAAGAGCCAGCUGAAAGGGCCAGAUCCUUCCCCCACCAAAGUCACGAGGAGAGUCUGGAGCUGGGGCAGCUCGGCAGCGUCCCCAUCCCAAGGCACGCAGGAGAGGCAUUCCUGCGGGGCCGGGACGCGGUGGGCUGUCACACCCCCGGGGCUGGCCACGGCCCCCUAUAUCAGCCGUGCCGGCGGGGCAGCAGCAGCAGAGCGUGACGGUGACAGUGACGUCCCCCAGCCCCUCGCCCACCCUCCCCGUCAGCCAUGGAUGACAUCUACAAGGCAGCGGUUGAGCAGCUGACAGAAGAACAAAAAAAUGAGUUCAAGGCUGCCUUUGACAUCUUCGUGCUGGGGGCAGAGGAUGGCUGCAUCAGCACCAAGGAGCUGGGGAAGGUGAUGAGGAUGCUGGGGCAGAACCCCACCCCUGAGGAGCUGCAGGAGAUGAUUGAUGAGGUGGAUGAGGAUGGCAGUGGCACUGUGGACUUUGAUGAGUUCCUUGUUAUGAUGGUCCGGUGUAUGAAAGAUGACAGCAAAGGAAAAACUGAAGAGGAACUCUCAGAUCUCUUCAGGAUGUUUGAUAAGAAUGCUGAUGGCUACAUCGACCUCGAGGAGCUGAAGAUCAUGCUACAGGCAACCGGAGAGACCAUCACUGAGGACGAUAUAGAAGAACUGAUGAAAGAUGGGGACAAAAACAACGAUGGCAGGAUUGACUACGACGAGUUCCUGGAGUUCAUGAAGGGAGUUGAAUAAAUCAAAGGCCAGAUCAACAGCCUGGAUCUCCCAAACCCCUCCAGCUCCAUGGCUCAGCUCCUGGGUUCGAUCCCCUGGCUACCGGCAUGAAGACUGAGUGCUGAGAAGGGUGGCCAUCAGGAAAAUAAAGCGCGUUGAUACCGA